CACUAGCCUCUGUGUCCUGCUCAGUCACAUCAUAUCACUCUACUCACACCAGUCCAGUCCGGGAGGAAGAUGGGGGUCAAUACUCGCUGUGUUGCUCUGCUGGUUCUGCUGCUGUUAGCUCAAGUCCUAAGCGGUGUUCACUCUCAGGAGGAGGAUGAGGAGGUCCAGGAGGAGCAGGAGGAGGAGGUGCAACCAGAAGAGGAGGUACAGGAGGAGGAGCAGCAGCAGGAGGAAGACGUCCUAGAGACAUGGACAGGGAAAGCCUGCACAUGUGACUGUGAAGGGGGGGAGUCUGCGACAGGUACCCCCACUAUGACAUCACCUGUCCUGGCCACAUCGCCUCCUCAGAGCCGCCCACUAGACUGCAUGCCAGAGUGUCUCUAUCACAAGCCCCUGGGGUUCGAGGCUGGUUCAGUGGCACCGGACCAGAUUAGCUGUUCUAACCAGGAAGAGUACAGUGGCUGGUAUUCGUCCUGGACCUCCAACAGGGCACGACUCAACAGCCAGGGCUUCGGGUGUGCAUGGCUGUCUAAGUUCCAGGACAACAGCCAGUGGAUCCAGAUUGACCUGAAGGAUGUGGGUGUGGUCUCAGGUAUCCUGACCCAGGGUCGCUGUGAUGCUGAUGAGUGGCUGACUAAGUACAGUAUCCAGUACCGCACCGAUCAGAACCUAAACUGGAUCUACUACAAGGACCAGACUGGCAACAACAGGGUGUUCUAUGGGAACUCGGACCGCUCGUCGUCCGUUCAGAACCUGCUGCGUCCUCCUAUUGUGGCCCGCUAUGUUAGGCUCCUCCCUCUGGGUUGGCACACCCGCAUUGCCCUGCGCAUGGAGCUGCUGAUGUGCAUGAGCAAGUGUACCUAAAACCUAUGACCCUAAUAACCCUAACCCCUAACCUCUAACCCUGUCCAUCCUACUGGGCACUGAUGUCAGUUCAACGUCUUGUUUUGAUUUACAUUUGGUUAAGUUGUCAACUAACGUAAAUUCAACGUGGAAUCAAGAAACAAAUUCACCAUGUCGUGUGAUUUAGGCUAAAAGUUGGGUGAAAAUAUGAGGAAAUGAUCUCCAGUUGAUUUGUUUUCCACAUUUAUUCAACGCUAUCAAAUAUUAUUUUUUGUGUUGAAAUGACAUGGAAACCACAUUGAUGGACCCAGUUUUUGCCCAGUGAGGUCAGUGUCCACCUUACCCUUCCAUCUUAACUCCCAGACGCUUGCCAAAGGGCGACAUUAUUUAAGCAUUUCAUUGUACACUUGGCUGUAUGACGUCCAUAUGACAAACUAAACUUUGAUUGGUCACUGGUCCGGUAACCCUGUCAAGACACAGUACCGAGCUUGUAGCAAUAGAAUGAUGUCUUGAUCUCUUUCCCUGUUUGUCUUCUAGGGGCUGUGGCUGUCAGUGUGUUUUAUUGGCAGAGACCAUUGUGUGUUUACCUUUUUUAACUAUAGUAAAUAAUACAGUAUUUCAUUUGCAUAUACCCUGCCCAUUCCCCUCCCCAUAUUCCAAUUUGUGCCACCCACAAGUUGAAAACUACAUGCCAAGUACACUAUAUGACCAAAAGUAUGUGGACACCUGCUCGUCGAACAUCUCAUUACUAAAUCAUGGGCAUUAAUAUGGAGUUGGUCCCCCCUUUGCAGCUAUAACAGCCUCCACAAUUCUGGGAAGGCUUUCCACGAGAUGUUGGAUCAUUGCUGCGAGAAUUGACUUCCAUUCAGCCACAAGGGCAUUAGUGAUGUUGGGCAUUGAUGUUGGGCCCAACACAAGUUGCAUUCUUUCAGAGACAGAAAAAAAUGUGUCUGCUUGUAUAUUUAGCAAUGAAUCCGCCGAUAGGAACAUCGCUGAAAGACUCUAUGGAACAAGGACAACCAUAUCUACACCCACAAAAAUGUGAAUUGCAAUCAAUAUAACAUGGAGCCAUCGUGAAAUGCCGCUAAGCAGGAUCUCGCCCCCAUCAAUACACCUGAAGCCGUCAUAGGGUGUAUCGUUUAGCGCGCGACGCCCUGCCCUGCUUUCCUCCUGGGCUAUUAUGUGUGAAACACAUCUCACUGUCCUAGAAAUGCCUCAGACAUGAUGAAACCAAACCCAGAUUCCCCCAGGGUGAAAUUCCCCUUUAACUAUUAAGUUGUUAAUAUUCUUAGCUUUAUCUUUUGAAAAUAGACAAGUGGAAAAAUUCUGGGGAUGAGCAUGUAUAUCUUCAAUAUGUACACACUGUUCCGCUUUAGUGCAUUUAACUAUAUGUCGCAAGUAAAAGUCUUUGGUGGCGAGUCAGUACAAUACAAGGUUAAAACCACCCUCAGACUCAGGAAGGUUAAAACCACCCUCAGACUCAGGAAGGUUAAAACCACCCUCAGACUCAGGAAGGUUAAAACCCCCCUCAGACUCAGGAAGAAUAAAACCCCCCUCAGACUCAGGAAGGUUAAAACCCCCCUCAGACUUAGGAAGGUUAAAACCCCCCUCAGACGGUUAAAACCACCCUCAGACUCAGGAAGGUUAAAACCACCCUCAGACGGUUAAAACCACCCUCAGACUCAGGAAGGUUAAAACCCCCCUCAGACUUAGGAAGGUUAAAACCACCCUCAGACUUAGGAAGGUUAAAACCACCCUCAGGAAGGUUAAAACCACCCUCAGACUCAGGAAGGUUAAAACCCCCCUCAGACUCAGGAAGGUUAAACCCCCCCUCAGACUCAGGAAGGUUAAAACCACCCUCAGACUCAGGAAGGUUAAAACCCCCCUCAGACUUGAAGAUGUAAAACUUUCCUUUUAUUUGCCCAUUUAACAUCUAUGCCAUUCCGAAGAAGUUUAUUCUGCCUGUGAGAUUUAUAGGAAGAUUGUUUCCAUUUAAUUAGAUCUGCUUUCAUAUUGUUGAGUAAUGGAAUAAUGUUAACUUUAUAUAUUUGUUGUCACUUGUUAAGCAUCCCAAGUAUUUCAUAUUUUUUUGUGGUCCUCCACAUAAAGGAUUGCUGUAAAUCGUGAGUUAUUAUUUUUCUUAUUACCAUCAUUUUUUCCCCACGAUAAUUAUAUCCUGAGAUUUUUGAGCAUUCUGAGUUUUCGAUAUUGGUCAGCCAUAUCAGGAGAUAAUUUGCAAAUAAGUUUAGUUUAUAUUCAUGUUCACCAACACUGAUACCUGUUACAUUUGGGUUCUGUAUAAUUCUUUCUGCAAGCGUUUCAAUUGCUAUUGCAAACAGGAGGUUGGAGAGGGGACAUUCCUGUCUUGUGCCCCUUUUUUACUGAAAUUUUAUCAGAUAAUGUAUUAUUUUUGUAUGUUUUAGCUUUAGGACAUUUAUAUAAUGUUUCUUAUUAAAUUGAUUAUUUCAGCUGGAUGUGGCUGAAAUAGCUGAAUCCACCAAUUUGAGGGGGUGUCCUCAUACUUUGUAUAUAUAGUGUAUAUACCAUAUAUUGUGUACCAGGUUAUAGAAUAGAGCAGAAGCUCUGAACUAGCCGGUCAGACCCCAGUCCUACCUACCUACCUACAGGUUAUGGAAAUGUGCUCUUUUACUAUUUCUCCAAUUGGUUUCCUGAAGGCGAUAUCCUCCACUUCUAUGUCAAAGAUAAUAAAACUAAAACACUAUAAUAAAUACUACAGUGAUGUUCUCCAAAACACUACAGUAAAUACUACAGUAUACUACAGUCCGCAAAACACUACAAUAGUUACUAUAGUUUAUACUACAGUUUAUUUUACUACAAAAUGUAUACUAUUAGUUAGCUGUAAAUACUACACUAUACUACAGCACAUACAUACGUAUACUAAACACUACAUUGAAUACUACAAUAUUUAUACCAUAGUAUACUAUAGUAUUUUUUUCAUGUGAGUGAGAACAAGGAGCUGUAAACAUGAUCAUUGGGGGCCGGUUUACUGGACACAGAUUAAGCCUGGUCCUGAUUCUCCAUUGAGCCUGCUUUUUAGUCCAGGACGAGGCGUAAUCUGUGUCCGGGGAACUAGCCCCUAAUGAUCUAAGCCCAGAGUCAGAUGAGAUGUGGACAUGUUGUUGAAUGUCCUGUAAACUAAAGUACUGUACUGUCUGUGUCUAUCUGUUUGAAUGUGACUUUUAUUGUGAUGUGUAACAGUAAGGUAUAGUGUUGCUGUAUUUCAGUGGUGUCUCCAAUGUCCUGUUCUGUUGAAUCACAUUAGAUUGUAUAUUUAGGGUUAGGUUUAGGGCCAAUACACCCCUCAAUAAAGUGACAGCAUUGAA